AUCAGAUUUGUGACGUAAUUUUGAGGCAUUGGAGAUUGUAUUCAUGAAUUGGAGAAGGUUAUUGUUAAUUUUUACCGUUUAGAUUGAGAUAAAAGAGAAGUUUAAAAAUGUUGAUUGGUGUAUUGUGAGAAGAACACAUCUUUUUACACGUUAACAUUUGAAGCACAGUUAAUGAAUAGUUCAGUCAUGAAAAACAUGCAAGGUAACAACUGUCUGAAUGGGACAGGGAGCCAGUUUAAUACGUAAUGACAUUCACACGACUCAUGUUUACACCACAUCACAGCGAAACAACACCAACCUAGCCGGCAAUAACCAGGAUAGACCAACAUCUCCAGAAAUGGUCUGUGAAAGUUGUAGUGCCAGCUUCAACAUCUUCAACAGAAAGAAACUAUGUAAGGACUGUGGACGCUACUUUUGUGCAAACUGUGUGAUGCAGCUACAACAGAAUGUCAAAAGAUCACACCGCCAGUGCAAAAAAUGCAACAUUCUGACCACAGGCAACUUUACGAGGCAGGACCUCCAGAAAUGGAAGGUGAAAGAUCUCCGUUCAGUGCUCAACAAGCGGAACAUCUCCACUGAAGCGUGUACAGAGAAGCAUGACCUUAUUGACCUCUUAGUAAUCACAUUUGGUGUGGUCAGUCAGGGUAACUCAGGAGAUAGGUCUUCCAGUACAGCACAAACCACAAUUACAAUAACUGGUAACCGUGGUGACUUACAAGAACAGGAAUCCACAUCAACAAGCAGUAGUGAGCAAUCUCCAUCACCGCAAGGAGUUCCUGUGGCGUCCAGGGCUGCCGCAGGCUCUGUACCAUCCAGUGUCAACAAUCAACAGCGAUCUCAAUCCCUCCAGGAACCCCAGGCACAGCAUGUGGAGGAGCCGCAGCGAUCCCACUCCUUACAGCAGAAUGAAUCGGAGGCUGCCCGCGCGGAACGGUUACGUCAGCGACAGCUGGAAGAAAUGAGGGUGGCCGAAAGACUUAUGGAGGAGAUGAGGAGAGCUGAUAAUGAGCAUCAAGUCCAGCAGGAGAGGGCAAAGCGAUAUACCCUAGACAAUAUAAAAUCAGAAGAAGACAUAGAAACACUAACUGUGAGACAGAUGAAAGAGGUCCUGGUGAACAACUUUGUAGAUUACAAAGGCUGUGUGGAGAAAACAGAACUACAACAAAAGGUCACUCGACUAUGGAAGGAACACCAAAACAACAAACAAAAAACACAAGAAAUCAUAAAUGCAUCAGAAAAUGCCCCAGGAGGAGUAGCCACAUCGGCUGAAGAUGAACUGUGUAAGAUCUGUAUGGAUGCAGCCAUUAACUGUGUACUCCUAGAGUGUGGUCACAUGGUUACCUGUACACAAUGUGGGCGUCGUCUCGCAGAAUGUCCAAUCUGUCGACAGAACGUCGUACGAGCUGUCCACAUAUUUAGGAGUUAAUAAUAAUGUUUGUUACAGUGAGCACAAUGCUUAGAGGACCAGAGAUCAUGUGAUAUCCAUUCAUUCAAACAAAAUGACCAAAAAUAAACUUGAAAAUAGUCCCAUUACUUUGGUGCCAUAUAUCUAUUUUUUGAAGGAUUUGAUAUUCUUUAUUCAUUCACUCAUAACAGAACAUGGAUGCUUGUACAUUCAACAAAUAAACACGAGUGCCCUCUGUUAUUUUGAUGUACAGUCUGUAAUUUCACUCAGUGUGUUUUAUAUGAGAUUAUAUGGAGUGACUCUUUAUUGACGUUUUGUUGCAUUUCCAAGAAAUUUUUCGAUGUGAUAUACCAGUAUUAUAUGCAUUAUUUUAGGAACAUUAAUGGAAUCAAGAUUCAUACUGGAUGCUAGUGAGAAAGUGCAAGUGACAUUGUCAUAUCUGAUGAGAUGCAACUUACUGUUGUAUUCUGAAAAUUUAUACUUUUAUGCUGCAGGCUGGUUAUAUAUUACAUGUACUUCCAAAAAUAAACUGUCUCUGAAUAUUUCAGCAAAGUUUGUUUUAAUGAAAUUACAUGUUUUUACAAAACAUUUUGCUCAUAUAAAUGUGAGUAAAUAUUUUGGUCACAAAAAUAAUGGCAAAGUAGUUUCGAUUCUGUAUUAUAUGUAAUCAUUGUGAAAUUCUGUUUUAUAUCUUGUAUUAAGCAACAAGAUAUGUUGUUUCCUUAUUUUAUGGGAACGGAUGUUGCAGCUAUUGCCAAAAAAUACAUAAUCCACUAAGACAUAACUUGCAUUAGCAGGUUAGGAUUUUUCCCCCUGCAAUAGCUAUUACUGUUAAUUCUUGUACCUACAAAGAAAUAACAAGAAGACAGAGUUGCAUUUUAUUGUUUAUAUUUAUGUCUUUAAUUUCUUGAUUGAAGCGCACAUCGCAGAAGAAGUCAAUACAGGGGGAUGGGAUGAAAACUGGUUCUAAAGGGUGUUUAAUAAUUGAUGAAAGAUGUGGUUUUCAUAAGAAAUAAAGGAGAAAGUCUUCAGUGGAUGUAAAUAUUACUUAUUUAAAAAAUAUAUUUUAUAAAGCAAAAACUGUAUAAUGAAUUUCUGCUCAUGGCAUAUUUUCAGGUGGUUAUCAAAAAGUGCAUGACAUUGAAUUUGGAUGUAUGUCUUCGCUGUAUGCAUGUAUUAUUACUAUAGUAUUUUAUAAUAUUUAAAUUGCUUCAUACUCAUGUAUGAACUAAGCUUGUGAGUAGUUAAGUUUAAAAAAAAAUAUUUUGUGACCAGAGGGUGUGUCAUGAUUACUGUAACAAACACCCUAAGAUGGUCUACAAAUCCAUUAUGCCAUUUGGUAGAAUGUUGAAAGUUAUGUUUUUUCCACACAUUAUAGUUAUUAUUUUAAGAGCAAAAAAGUUAAUCAGGUGUUUUACUACAUUUUACCUUAAUUAAACUUCAUGUACAAUUAAAGGAGUACAGUGUGUGACAAAAAUAAGGCCCACAUGGAAUGUGCCUUAGAAUAAGUUCCAACGUAUCAUGUUUACAUUAUGUUUACAAUGUGAUAUAAUUUUACACUUUUUCAAUCUGUGUCUCUGUUGAAGUUAACCAAAUAUGAUUCUGUGAAGAUUUUUGCAGUUUCUUAUCGCUAGCACAUUUUUGUUGUGUUUAAUAAGUCAGGUAAAAUUUUUUAAAAUCUGUAGCAGGCUUACAGAUCCCUUGUUCUAAAAAGCUUCCGGUAUCCCAUACUAGCUGUGUUAAUACAUGUAUAUAUGUACUUAAAUGAAGGAAUACAUAAUUAAUAAUUAACAGGGAUACUUGGGUUAAAAAUGCUCUAAGAAAUUAACAUACAAGCAGAAUAGGCAGAGCUUUGGCAAUAAUGCCUUAAUCUGUGAGCGCUAAAGAACUUUUCCUUUAUAGCAUUAUGUUCCUUUUGUUUUGUGUUGUGCUUUUGUUUUCCUUUGUGCUUCAAAUAAUUCAUCAAAUAUAUCUUAAAAUAAA